AUCUCUCUUACAUAAAGAAAUCAGGGCCGCUUCCAGGUCGUCGACUCCUCGGCUCGAGUCAUUCAUCUACGGCACCAAAUCUGUGGUGGGUGUUCUUGUUCGCUCGCGGCGGUGGAGAAAGGGAAGGAGAAGCGGAAACCAAGGGGGAAUUCGACCAUUCGAGGGCAGGAGGUUUCUUCUACGCUAGGGUUUUCUGUGGGAGAAAAGUGCAAGGCCGUCUGCGUGCUUGGGAUUCAGGUUUUGUUUCCGAUUUCGGAGGCAUUUUAACGCGCUCUUUGUCGAUUUUGUUUCGCUUCCGUGAAAUCUGAUUCCGGCCUUUCGGUCCGCUCCGGUGUAGGGUCUUAUAUCCGACGCGGAGCGCAAUCAGAACUUGAAUUUGGUUUCGUCCUCAGUGCUGGUUGUUUCGUAUUGGCUGGUAGUUGAAGAAAACGGCGCCUCUGUGGAAGAAAGGUUCAUAUAGGGUUUCUUUGUUCCUUACUGUAUUCUUAUGGUUCCUGCUCUUUGUUAGUUGUUUGCAUUGAGUGCUGCCUUUGGAUACGUGUUGAAUCGGGGAGCUGGUUGGAAGUUAGGGUUUUUCGUGAUUGUCUAGAAGGAAUUUGGUGCUACGUGGAUACGUUCAAGCUAUUCCGAUCCCAAUUGGAAAGCUGACUAUUUUUGUGUCGGGUUGUUCGUGCUGCUGUGUGCAGUGGUUCUGCCUAUUAUUUUAAGGCUGAAGCCAUUUUUUUGUUCAGCGUCGCCAAAUUGCAGAAAUUAUUUGAAGCAGUGUAUGGUAAUUUUUUUCUUUCGUGGGUUGGAGCGUUGUCUUAGUAUUGGAGGAGAUUUAUUCUGUCCGUAAUCCUGGAGUGGCUGAGAUAGCUAUUUGUAUUAGAUCUUAAUGACUCAGACUGUUGCCAAAGAGUGUUCUUGGUCCCGGGGGAAGGUUUCUAAGAAGGUCUCUGGGGAUAUUUCACUAACAUUGAUGGAGAAAACACACAAAUUACCUAGGGUUUACUCUUCAGAUUUUAUCCCAGACAACAGGCAUGUAGUAGAGGCUGUUGGUGAAUCUGAAGGAUUUGCUAGCCUUGGGCAUGUUGGCUCAGAAGAUUCAUGUGCGCCAAACAGAAGGUGCAUGAGCUUGAAUGCAGAGAAGUGCGAUGGUUUCUUUGUGCCCAUACAAGUUAUCGCAUUGUCAAAGAUGUCAGGUAUUGAAAGAAAGGAUUUGGAGAUGAGGCUUAGGAGGGAGCUUGAACAGGUUCAAAGGUUUCAGAAGAAAAUGCUUUCAAGCACCACAUUGAUGUCAAAUGGAGCUGCAGUGUCUUCAUCCUGUGACCCACUUGCAAAGAAGCAUGAUAUUGCAUAUCAGAAUGUUUCUCAGUUAAAACGUGGUGCAAGUGGUAGGUUUGAGUCUACCAAGCAGACUCCAGCACCAGCAUCAGUUGCUGUGCUGAUGAAACAAUGUGAAACACUUCUCAAACGCCUGAUGGGACAUCAGUAUGGUUGGGUCUUCAAUAAACCUGUUGAUGUGGUGAAGUUGAAUAUUCCAGAUUAUUUCACUGUUAUAAAACACCCGAUGGAUUUGGGGACCAUUCAGUCCAAUCUAGCAUCAGGUUUUUACACUAGUCCUCUGGAUUUUGCAUCUGAUGUGAGGCUUACUUUCUCUAAUGCAACUACAUACAAUCCACCUGGUAAUGAUGUUCAUGUCAUGGCUGAUGCCAUGAGCAAGCUCUUUGAAAUGAGAUGGAAGCCUAUUGAGAAGAAGCUGAUUGUUGCUUUUGGUGAUACAAAAAUAGAAACUGGAAUUGCCAAGGCUUUAACAGAAUCUAAGAAGAGGAAAAUUCAUCAGGAGGACCAUAAAAAUACCGUGCUUGAUAGCAAGGCAAAGAUGACAGAUGAUGAGAAGCUGAGUCUAAGUAGGCGUUUGUCGUUGAUUCCUGAGUUACCGCAACAUAUUGUUGAUUUCUUGAAGCAGCAUACUGACAACGCAAACGAGAGUACGGAGGAUGAGAUUGAAAUUGAUUUUGAUUCUCUUAGUGUUGACACCUUAUUUGAGUUGAAGAAACUCUUGGAUGACUACUCAAAACAAAAUCAUUCAGUUCAUCAAGCAAAGGCCGAGACUUGUGAAAUGGAGAUUCUCAAUGAAUCUGGACUGAGCAAUUCCUCUAUGCAUCCUUGCAAAGGAAAUGAACCUGUUGAUGAGGAUGAGGAUGUUGAUAUUGGUGGUAAUGAUCCUCCAACCACAAGCUAUUUUCCUGUUGAUGGAAUUAAUAAUGCAGUCCCUAGAAGUAGUAGGGUUAGUAGCUCAAGUAGUUCAAGCAGCGAAUCUGGAUCAUCUUCCAGUGAUUCGGAUUCUAGUAGUACUUCCAGGAGUCAAUCAAAUAUUAAAGCAUCUAACUCUCUAAAUUUGACCAAGGGAAAGGGCCACCAGAUAUCUCCAAGCCGUGGAAAAGGGCCUGUAAGUGCAGCGCAACGUGAGCAAGGUGCCCCUCAUAAGACUGAAUUUGCCAUGCCGUCUGGUAGCGGAGAGGGGGAGAAUGCUCCAUCUGAGAGGCACGUCUCCCCAGAAAAGCUCUACCGUGCAGCUUUAUUGAGGAGUCGUUUUGCAGAUACAAUCGUUAAAGCGCAUGAGAAGACCUUUGACCAGGGCGAAAAGAAGGAUCCUGAGAAACUGAGAAGGGAGAGAGAAGAACUUGAGAGGCGGCAGCGUGAGGAGAGAGCCAGGCUGCAAGCAGAAGCCAAGGCUGCGGAGGAUGCUCGCAGAAGAGCUGAGGAAGAAGCUGCCGCCGAAGCAAAACGAAAACGAGAACUUGAGAGAGAAGCAGCACGGCAAGCUCUUUUGCAGAUGGAAAAGACGGUGGAGAUAAAUGAAGGCAACUUAUUUUUGAAAGACUUAGAAAUGCUUAGAACUGCUUCUGGUAAACAUUUAACUGGCUCUGCUAAUGAGGGGAAUCCAGAUCUCUCUAAUGAGGGCAUGGAUGAUUUUAAGCUUGGCGGAAGUAAUCCUUUAGAACAGCUCGGCUUGUACAUGAAGGCUGAUGAUGAUGAGGAAGAAGAUUGUGAUGGGCCAAGUUGUAUGCCUGACGUUGAAGAAGGAGAAAUUGACUGAAUCCAAAUCUAGAUUUGCACAGUCUAUUUGGUUUCUAGCAGGCUUGAUGAAUUAUGCUAAACUUCUGGCUCGGGUGGUGUUGAGGAAAUCGGUAUUUAUUUGGUCAGAGAUGCUGAAUGAUAUAGGAGACACUGACGGCUUACAUUUGAAAACUCUUUUAAGAUGUAUUCUGGAGUGUUUUCAUAUUGCCUGUUUUUGUUGGAGCUGUACAGAAGACAAAUAAAACGAUUUCAAAGCUUAUUUCUUUCAUUCUUACUCAGGGUGCUGCUGUUACUUGACCAUACUUAGUUGCCUUUUUAGUUUCCAAAAUGCUUCGGAAUAUAUAUAUAUAUUUGUUUCAUUUGUGAUAUACGGAUCUGCUUUGUAAAUAUUAAUUAGUGGCGUGGUAACAUAUAUGUACAUGCUACGAUUCUCUGGUCAAAAAAGAAAAUCAGUCUGGGUGGCUUUCAAGUGGAAAUCAGUGUACUAAAGCAGGUACAGCACUUUUCAUUAAAA